AUGGACACGGACGCAGACGUCCAGUGUAAAAUAGUGAUUGUUGGAGACAGUCAGUGUGGGAAAAGCGCUUUGUUAAACGUAUUCGCCAAAGACUGCUUCCCUGAGUGCUACGUGCCCACGGUGUUCGAAAACUACACGGCCAGCUUCGACCUGGACAUGCAGAGAGUGGAGCUCCGGCUCUGGGACACCUCAGGUUCUCCCUACUAUGACAACUUACGGCCUCUCUCCUACCCUGACACUGAUGCAGUCCUCAUCUGCUUUGACAUCAGCAGACCAGAGACAUUAGACAGUGUUCUUAAGAAGUGGAGCGGAGAGAUUGAGAAGUUCUGUCCCAAUACCAAGAUGCUGCUGGUUGGCUGUAAAUCUGACCUCCGAACAGACCUCUUCACUUGGUCCCAUAGCAGACACAUUCCAGUAUCAUAUGAUCAGGGUUCCAACACAGCCAGGCAGCUGAGUGCCCCCUAUCUGGAGUGUUCCUCGCGUCAGUCUGAGAACAGCGUCAGAGACAUCUUCCACGUGGCUACGCUGGCCUGCGUCAACUAG